AUGGCGAAUGAGGCAUUAUGGUUAACUGGGGUUGGCGAGGCGCCAAAGAUUGGACUGGCCGAUAUACACGAGCCUGGAGAAGGUGAGAUGUUGAUACAGGUUAAAGCUAUAGCGGUUCAGCCUGGAGAGUGGAAAAUGCAAGAGGGCCUCAUUCCUAUUAAGCUUAAAUACCCAACUGUCAUUGGCCUUUGCGCGUCUGGAAUUGUUGAAAAGACUGGCCCUGGUGUUACUCGGUUCAAGCCAGAAGACCGCAUUUUGUUCAAUUCUUCUGGCGUUCUUCGAAAUGACUCUCGUUUUGGCGCCUACCAGAGAUACUGCCUUGUUCCUGAAAAAUUAGCCUCAAAGAUAAGUGAUGUAUCAUUUGACGAAGCCGCCAACAUCGCUACAACCUAUACGGCGAUGAGUGCUCUAGUCCUUCAUCUUGGCUUGAACAGGCCACAGAUACCCAGUGCACCUGCCACUGGUGAAAGGAUUCUCAUUUGGGGAGUAUCAUCAUCGCUAGGAGUGUUUGCAACUCAAUUGGCUAGGCUAGCUGGUUACGAGGUUGUCGGUGUCGCUUCUGGCCGCCACAAGCAGCUUGCAGAGCGAUCUGGUGUUACGCAUUUUGUAGACCGCACCUCAGAGGAUGUCGUCUCUGCAGCGUCUGCACUGGGCCCAUUCAAGGCUGUUUUUGCUGCUGCCGAUGAUGCAGCGGACCAAGUCAAAAUCGGAGCGAUACUGGCAGCUCUGGGAGGAGGCUCAUUUUUAUCCACGAUGGGUGUUCGGGCAGGAGUUGAACUGCCUGCAAACGUUACGGGUCAUUUUGCCCAGUAUAUUGAUGACUACUUGGAUGAGAAGAAUAGUGAGUUCACGGAGUGGUUCUGGUGGAACUUUUUGGAGAAUGCUUUGGCCAAGAAGCAGCUCAAGUCACUCCCUCUCACUAUUAUUGGGGGAUUAGACAAAACAGGAGAGGCGUGGAGGAUUCUGAAGCAUGGAGAAAAUCACGGAACUCGACUGGUCAUUGUGCCGGACCACAAGGCAUGA